GAGAGUACCGAACGCCCGUCGCUGGAUCUUUCGUAUUUUUAUUUUUAUUUUAUUAUUAUUAUUUAUUUAUUUUUUAUUUUAAAGACCCGAGGGAGUGUUGCACAAUAAACCGAGAGCUAUGGUACGGUGGAAAAUUAAGUUGUGACUAUUGACAGUGUUCUUUUUUUUAUCUUUAAUUUUUUGGAGCAAAAAAUUCAUAAGUGUUGGCGUGUUAUUUUCCGAAUCGGUACGAGUCGGAGUUGACUAAGAAGAUUGUGUCCUGCCUUCAAGAUUCUUCAAAACCACCUCCUGGAUAACAUUCCUUUAAAAUCGGUAAGAACAUUAUUAUCGUCAGCCCCAGUUUCAAAACAUAGCCAGAAAGUCCGAGGGUGGGGAGCGAGAUGGCGCCUUCCUGAGGGCCGUCCUGGAGACGAGAACGACGAGUCCUGGCCGACUCACUGGAAAAUGAAAUUUCCGGGCGACUCGGACGUCCUCGGCCUCCCGGUUGAUAGCCUAAUGACAAACUGGAGCAACGGAGAUCAUCACCAUCACCACAAUCACCACCAGCUUCUGAUAGAGGGCGGAUCUCAGAAACUGAUGCUCUCGAGCGGUGGAGGAGGGGGCAACUCGGUCCCCGACGACGACGACGAUGACUCCAAGAGCCCUUUGGACGAGUUCGACCUCCUCAUGUCAUCGAGCCAGCCUUCGGAACCGAACAACAACUUGGCCGAAUUGAAACCGUUACCCCCGUUCACCGGAUAUACAGGCCAUCUCAGCAUAAACGGUAUAUCCGGUCAUCAUUAUCACACAAUCGCCUCGGCUCCUUCACCGCCUCGGGUGGAGACCAAUAACAACAGCUCGGAAGCAGCAAACCAGAACAUGUACUACACGGACCAAGUGGUCUCGUCCUCCACGAUGGACUGUUCGCUGGACAACAUCAAGUCGGAGGUGAACGUCGACUACAACAACCUCCUCGCUCCGGACAUCGAGGACAUAGCCGUCCUCAUUGGAUCGGCGAUAGCGCCGAAUCCGCAGAACAGCAGCAACGGCGAGGCGUCUCGAGAUUCUUGGAUUGACGCACUCAUCGACACGGCCUGUUCACAGAGUUCACCCGCGAACGGGAAAAUGUCAGGCGAGAACCUGCAAGAGUUUGUGACCACAUCUCAGUUUGGGGUCAACUCGCCCCCCAACGUGCUUUAUCAGCAGUCAAAAAGAGACCCUUCCUCCUACAUGCCGUUGCUCCAGAGCCGGCUGCAAAACGGCCCUCCGAAAGGCGAACUCUACUCCGGUCUGGUCACAUCCGACUGUCCUUCUCCAUCCUCUUCGACCCCCUAUCUGGCUCAUUCUCCACCGGGCCACGUCGUCUCCACGUCUGACCUGGUACGGUAUAACCCCGUCCAUAGCUCGACGCGGCCUUCUCCUGAGCUCCAGGUCGGCUAUCCGCACACAACGACACCGAGCAAGAAGAGCAAAAGUAAAACCAAAUCUAAAUCCGUUCCUGCCACAAGUACAGUCGUCUACUCUGAGCCUUCUUUAGGUAAAGAAAAACCAGUUCACCGAUGCACCAUCUGCAACCGAGGGUUUCUCAAUAAAAGCAAUAUUAAAGUCCAUAUGAGAACUCACACGGGAGAAAAACCCUUUAGGUGUGAAGUGUGCGGAAAAGCAUUCAGGCAGAAGGCUCAUCUCAUCAAACACGCUCAGAUACACAAAAGAAUCGGUAGAGACUGAUUUUCAUAUCACACGUUUGUCAUCUUUAUACAAGCGGACUUAUUCAUACAGGAAAAUUAUGUUCUUUGAUCAAAGUAUUUUGUCGGUUUAAAAUAACCACCCCAUUAAAAAUCAGUAUGUGAAUAAAUAGUCAUGUGACACUGACAAAUAUUAGAUUUUCAGAUAUAUAUAUAUUAAAAUCCUAACAUAAUUAAAUAGAUGAGUCUCUUUGAAAAUAUGCAGAAAAAAAACGUUGCUAUAAAGUAUAGGUAAAGAGAGAUUUAUCUAACCAACUGUAUGUAUAUAGCAAGAUCUCUCAAAAACAACAACGAUUGUACCUUUACAUCGCGUUAUAUGUGAUAAGUGUUUGAAAAAGAAAUUUUUCACUUGUGACCAAAUUAAGAACAACUUUUGUCAUUGAUUUUUGUAUUUUUUAUGUCCAUUGAGUGUGGAAGAAAUGAGAUUCAAAAUGAUCACAAGGGUCCUCAGGGGUUUAAUUUAUAUUUUAUGUAAAAUUGUUAUUUAUCUGUUUUUUUAGAUUAAUACAGCAAAUUGCGUGGUCUUUAUAGACCGUCAGAUAUAAUUAUAUUUAUUUUUUUAUUAUUGUUUUUAUGCAUUGAAGUAUAAUGAACAACGAGUCAUUUGAUCAAUUACAAACAGUCGAGUCCACUAUAA